GGCAACAGGAUGCAAGGCAUCUUUUGUACUAAAGUACAAUUAUUAUGAAAAGCAUCUGCAUAUUACAAAGGCCCACAUGGACCACAACCAUCCGACGACACCCGAUACUUUUGCACAGGAGUACCAAGUCAAGCGACUCGCAGAAACUGAACGGAAGCAUUUGGAGGACAUUGUGAAACUAGAUCCUCCGAAUGAAGGCUUGAUGCACCUGGUGAAUAGCGAGUUCAACAAAGCGUACACAUUGACAGAAAUUCGGCGUCUGAAACAUCAAUUCGUCUUUACCUUAACGACGCCAGCAAUGAGUGGGAGGGGGGAGAACAGAAGGCUGAAGGAGAUCCUGAGCAGCAUCGCUUCUGGUCUAUGUAUGGCCAUGGCUGUGAACAAGCUGUUUCCGCUCUCACUGACUUUGCAGUUGGAUGUGAGGGCUGGCUUCCUCAGCUGUUGAAAUGUCUUCCAUUGACUUUCGCGACUUGAAUCCUCGUUGGCAGUGUUUGUAUUUUAUUUUUUCCCUCUCCUACUGUGCGGUUAAUGCUUGAAGAUCAUGCCUCUUUCCCUGUUCCUGUUGUUGCUGUUGUUGAUGGCUUUGACUGUCUUGAUGCUACUGGUGUUCAUUACCGUCUUAGUGAAGACGGAAGCUUGGAUUUUCUGAUCAGGGGAAGGAAAGAAAAUUGAAAAAAAAUGAAGGUCUCGAUCUAGACCUACCCA